UCGUCCUCCUCCUCCUCCCUCCUCCUGGUGCUGCUCUUCGCCGCCGCCAUGGCGGCCGCCUGCCCUUCCGUGUGCCGCUGCUCGGGCGGCCGCGUUUACUGCAACGACCGCGGGCUGACGGCCGUUCCCGACGGACUCCCUUUGAGCGCCACCACUUUAUUCCUCCAAAACAACCGGAUCGGCGACGGCGGCAUCCCGCCGCGCUUGGCCCUCCUCCCGGCCUUACGCGUCCUUUACCUUUACGCCAACGCUCUGGAACACCUCCCCGCGCAUUUACCGCCGGCGUUACGGGAGCUCCACCUCCAGGACAACAACGUCCGAGGGUUGUACCGACGGGCGCUGGCGCGGGCGCCGCUCCUCGAGCGUUUACACCUCGACGAUAACUCCGUCUCGGCCGCCGGCAUCGAGGAAGACGCCUUCGCCGACAACCGCCGCCUUCGCCUCCUCUUCCUCUCGCGGAACCACCUCAGCAGCGUCCCGCCGGGGUUACCGCCGGCGCUGGAGGAGUUACGCCUCGACGAUAACCGCAUCCACACCAUCCCUCUCCGCGCUUUCGAGGGGUUACCGGCGCUGCGGCGCUUGGUGUUGGACGGCAACCUCUUGGCCAACCAACGCAUGGCCGACGACACCUUCAGCCGCCUCCAGAACCUCAGCGAGCUCUCGCUGGGCCGCAACGCCUUGGCGGCGCCGCCGGCCAACCUCCCCCGCGCUCGCCUACGCCGCCUCUCCUUAGCGGCCAACGCCAUCAACCACGUCCCCGCCGGCGCUUUGGCGCGGAUGAGGGCCUUGGAACGCUUGGAUCUCUCCGAUAAUAAUUUAACCACUUUACCGCGAGGCCUUUUCGACGAUUUGGGCAGUUUGAGCCAUUUGGCGUUACGCAACAACCCGUGGUUCUGCGGUUGCAACAUGGCGUGGCUGCGGGAUUGGUUACGGCGCCGCGCGCCCGCCGGUUUGGAGGUGAAGGGUUUAUUAUGCCAAGCGCCGGCGCGGUUACGCGGGUUACCGGUGGGUGAGUUGAGCGGGGAAAUGGAUGCCUGCGAUGCUCCCGCCGGGCCGGCGUCGCCGGGAGGAGGCACGGCGGUGGCGUCGCGUGACAUCAUGGCGGAAUCCCCGCCUGCCACGGCGGCACCGCCGGGUUUAUGGGUUCAAGCGUUACCCGGCGGCGCUUUACGCGUCCGAUGGCCGCCGUGGCCGCCGGGAGCGUCGUUACGGUUGAGUUGGUUACGGCCGGGCCGCGGAGCCUUAACGGAGACAUUGGUGCGCGGCGAACGCGGCGAAUACGUGGUUCGGGCUUUAACGCCGCGAGCGCCGUAUCGCGUUUGCCUUUCGCCCCUCGACGCCGGAUCGCCGCGGCCGCCGCUUUGCGCUCAAGCGCGCGCCGGCGAUGGCGUCGACGAACCUUCGCCGAAACCUCCCGUAACGCCUUUCGGGGUCCCUCCGGCCGCCGCCGCCGCCGCCGCCGCCAUGGCGAUGGCGGUGGUGCUCGGGGGGUUCGGGGGGUACUGCGUGAGGAGGAGGAGAAAGAAGAGGAGGAUGGGGGGCGCCCCCAAAAUGGCGGCGUUGGCGUUACGGGCGCUGCGGCCGCCGGACGAAGGGGGGGUUCGUACUAUCUUCCCCCCACAACCGCCGCCGCCGCCGCCCCAUAGCGCUCGGGGGCAGCGGGGGGGGCGAGUGCCCCACGGAGAGGGGUCCUGAGGACCCCCCCCCAAAAAAAAACCCCCCUGGAUUUUAGAUAGAAUUCAACCCCCCCCCCCAA